CGCCUCUUGUUUGUACACAGUGCGCUCCCGGGCCGCCCGCACCCCGCCUGCCUGCUCACGCUUCAUUGUUCUGCAAGUCGGGAGCUCCGCAGUCUCGGCUUGGGGAGCCCGAGGAGAGGAGCGGCGAUCGCCGUCCGUCCGCGGGCCACCCCGAAUCCGGAGCUUCCCCGGCUGGGACCCGCCCGCCACCCAGGCGAGGCUGAGCCGCCGGCGACACCCCGGAGCGCGCCCACCUCCUGCGGGCACCGUCCGUCCUCGCGCUGGGCAUCACUUUCUCGCCCGCCCUCUCCAAGAAUUUGUUUGAAGCGAGCGCUGCGGGGAAGAAGACAUCUUCCCGAAUCCUGCCUGCCUGCCUGCCAGGGGCGGGGUCUGCCGCUAGACCCUGCGGUGCCACCACCCCAACGAGGACGCUGCCCUCCGCCUCCGCCGCGACCCCUUGGGCAGCCCGGGCCAAGUCCCCGCGUCCUCCGGGAGCCCGAACCAUCAUGAAGCGCUGCUCGGGGACCGCUUGGCUCCUGCUCUGGCUCAGCCUCGGGAUCCCCCAGUUCUGCCAAGGUGAUAUUUGUGAACCUAAUCCAUGUGAAAAUGGAGGUUUGUGUUUGUCAGAACUGGCAGGCGACGCUUACUCCUGUGAGUGUCCAGAUGGCUUCACAGAUCUCAACUGCUCUAGUAUUGUGGAGGUUGCAUCUGAUGAAGAAGAGCCAACUUCAGCAGGUCCCUGUAUCCCUAAUCCAUGCCAUCAUGGAGGAACCUGUGAAAUAAGUGAAGCGUUCCGAGGGGACACGUUCAUUGGUUAUGUUUGUAAAUGUCCACGAGGAUUCAAUGGAAUUCACUGUCAACACAAUAUUAAUGAAUGUGAAGCUGAACCUUGCAGAAAUGGUGGAAUAUGUACAGACCUUGUGGCUAACUAUUCUUGUGAGUGCCCAGGUGAAUUCAUGGGAAGAAACUGUCAAUACAAAUGUUCAGGCCCACUAGGUAUCGAAGGUGGAAUCAUAUCAAAUCAACAAAUCACAGCUUCAUCUACCCAUCGAGCUCUUUUUGGACUCCAGAAAUGGUACCCUUACUACGCACGUCUAAAUAAGAAGGGUCUUAUUAAUGCCUGGACAGCUGCAGAAAAUGAUAGGUGGCCAUGGAUUCAGAUAAAUUUACAGAGAAAAAUGAGAGUCACUGGUGUGAUUACUCAGGGAGCCAAAAGGAUUGGAAGCCCUGAGUAUAUAAAAUCCUACAAAAUUGCCUACAGUAAUGAUGGAAAGUUUUGGACAAUGUACAGAGUGAAAAGUACCAAUGAAGAUAUGGUGUUUCAUGGAAAUGUUGAUAAUAAUACACCUUAUGCUAAUUCAUUCACACCCCCAAUAAAAGCUCAGUAUAUAAGACUCUAUCCCCAAGUUUGUCGAAGACACUGCACUUUGAGAAUGGAACUUCUUGGAUGUGAACUCUCGGGCUGUUCUGAGCCUCUGGGGAUGAAAUCAGGGCACAUACAAGACUAUCAAAUCACUGCUUCUAGCAUCUUCAGAACUCUCAAUAUGGACAUGUUUACUUGGGAACCAAGGAAGGCUCGGUUAGACAAGCAGGGCAAAGUGAACGCCUGGACUUCCGGCCACAAUGACCAGUCACAAUGGUUACAGAUGGAUCUUCUGGUUCCCACCAAAGUGACUGGCAUAAUUACACAAGGAGCAAAAGAUUUUGGUCAUGUACAGUUUGUAGGCUCCUACAAAUUAGCAUAUAGUAAUGAUGGAGAACACUGGACUGUAUACCAGGAUGAAAAACAAAGAAAAGAUAAGGUUUUCCAGGGAAAUUUUGACAAUGAUACCCACAGGAAAAACGUCAUUGACCCACCCAUCUAUGCACGAUACAUCAGAAUUCUUCCUUGGUCCUGGUAUGGGAGGAUCACUCUGCGGUCAGAGCUGCUGGGCUGCACAGAGGAGGAAUGAGGAAAUCCAUGCACACAACCCUCUUCUCUUUUUCCCUAACUCGUAUCUCCAUGGAAUGAACUAAGCAAAAUUUGUAGGAAACUGAACGAGCUGUUUCAUGACAAAAAUGCUAAAAUUCUGGUAGGCCACUGUGUAUUUGAGGAGGUCUAAGCCUGCCUUUUCAAUUUGAUUGUUUAAUUUGAUUAUUAUUGUCUAAAUGUCCUAAACAACAUCACAUUAAUUGUGAAUUACAUUUCUCCUUGUUUCCUGAAUCAUUCACACUGAUCAAAAUAUAUUAGGGACAGAAGGUAGACUUUUUACAGCAAUGGCAAGAAAAUAGAACAGUUAUCAAGUAAAAGAAUUGACAUGCCGUUUCUAAUCAACUAAUAAUUAAAGAAAUCCUGAGAUGUUAGCAAUAAGUAUUUUCCUUCUGUGAUGACAUUACAUUAUAAUUAAUGUUUUCCUGUGCCUAUUAAACACUUCCAGUGUUUAUAACAAAAUUUUGAGGAAUUUGUAACAUAUAGUACUGAUUAUGAUAUAAUUUUCAUUCAUCUUCAUUAUUUCUAACUAAACAUGAUUUUCCUCAUUUACCAUUCCUUAUUGUUUAUAUUGUAUAAUGACUGAAUAAGUCUUCAAUUUUCUGAGUUUCAUCUUAUAAUUUUCCUAAAGAAUUAUCGUUUUUAUCAGUUGAUCAUUCAUAUUUAAUAUAAGCAUAUUACAUAUGCAAUUCCAGUUGUGAAGGAAGUAUAAAUAUGCAACUUUCAAAUGUUUCCUUAAUAAGCAACAGCACAGUAUUAACAUUUUGAAAAAUAAACAGCUAAAUUAUAAUAAAAUUUUAAUGAAAAUUAAAACCUUUAUUUUAUAGAUAUUGACAUAACCAUCUCUACUUAAAUAUUGGAAUGUUUAUUCUUUAUCUAGGUUUUAAACUUAGCAAAUACAGCAAUUUACUACAUUGUGUGGCCAUUUACUCAUCAUUUCUUUGUUCUUCUCUAUAUUUCUUAUCAUUGAGAUUUCCAAUUGGUGGUAGUUUUCUAGGAAAGCACAUAGGGUAAUUAUUUAUAGGAAGAAAAGUAUUUACUAGUGACAAAGUAGUAAACCAUUUUGCAGAUGAAAAUUGAUUUCAAUUUAUUUUGCUUCAAAGGUCCCAGAAAAAUAAGCAAUUAUCAUAAAAUUUGUUAGUAAUGGAGGUUUCAUUGACAUGUCUCUCAAAUUAAAGAUCAAACUGCCUCCAUAAAAGUCCUCAACAUCUGAUUUAUGAGCUUCUAUGUGUUUAUGUUAUAAGGCUUAGACACAGAAUUUUGCAGUUUGAAAUUAAGAAUCCUGGAAAAGAAAAUGUGGUAUGUAUAUGAAAUGUUGAUGUUCUGUGCAACACUGUUUAAGUUUUAUUUCCCCUUUAUUAUUUGUGCUGCAUUAAAAAGAAACCACUAGACUCUUACUGUCUUGUCUGUCCAUGUUGUUAACAGCACUUCCUAAUGAUGUAUAUAUGAAGAGGUCUUCAAGCAUAUUAAAGAAUUGAAAGAAAAAGUCAAUCAUAAUGGCAUUUCGAAUAAGAGCAAAUUUAGAGCUAGCUAGUCACGUCAUUGUUUUAUCCACAUGCUUAUGUUUUAGAAUAUAUCAAUGCAUUGUUGAUUGGAAAUAUCAAUAAUGUUGAUUCAUCUUUCAUCAUCCUUUGUAUUCAAAAUUAUCAGUUAUCAAUAUUGCCUUUUGAAUAUGUUUUAAAUUUUUAAUUGUUCAAUUAGUUAAGAUGUAGAGUCAUGUUCAAAUAAUUACUUUAAAAGGAUAUGCAAACUUAUUGCCCCACUGAUAAUUCUUUAAAGAUUUAUGCCUAAACUGAAAGUCAGGAUUCCACUUUCCUUUACACACUACCUAUAAUUAUUUCUUAAUAAGUACAUUUAAAAAUAUUUACAUUACUUUAGUUAUUUGCUUCUCAAACUCAUUCAUGGCUUAUAAAGAUACUUAACUUUUUUUUCUUCUAGUGAUAGUUUUCUAAAAAUUUUUUUCAAAAGUUUGUUACAAUUACAUUCGUUACCAUUUGAAACACAUUGAAAUGGCUUUCACAUGCUUGUGUAUUUUCUCUCUGUUUUAUAUGCUCUGUCUAUACCAACAAAGCAUGACAAAUGGAAUAUCUCUUUUCUGAUGCAUCAAUUUGCAUCAACAAAGGGAUUACAAUAUGUGGAUAUGUUCAUUGUCAUUGUGAAGUAGUGUGUAGAUUUUGUGUCAUUUAUAUUAAUGUUAUCAAGGUAAAGCAAAUGUAUUCCAUUUAAAUUUACAACUUAAAUAAAUUUUAAUAUCAGAAUACAAAGAACACCUAGUCUUAACCAUCUUGAGAAAUAUAUGUUUAUUUUGUGAAAUUAUAAGUUUAAGCAUCUCAAUUUUAUCUAUGUCAUAUUAAAUACCUCAAUCAUAGUCACUGAUUCUAAAUUUAGGGUUGACUUUCUCUUUCUAAAUGGCAUCAGAAGGAUCAGAGUGAUUUGGAAGACUUCAGGUACUAAUGAUUGUAUCUUCGCUAGUCAACAAAUUAUGAAGUAUAAUACUCACUGCUGGCGUCACUGUGUCAGUAAGUACAGAAAUAAGACACAAAUAACCUUUGCUAACUUUCAAGCUGUGUAAUUAUCCAGUGUUUUUUUUUCUUUGUAUAUAUACUUAAAUCAUGUAGGAUGUUGUAAAAGAAGUAUGACCUUGUCUAGUCUUCAAACUAAAAAUAAAACUUUUCAAAAACUGCACAA